AGCCCACCCACACCCACACCCAUCCGACUUCACUCCGUGUUACUUCCGUCAUUCCGGACCACCGGUAAUCGUCGAGCGUGCUCUUCCAUCAGUUCUCGCAAGCAUCGUGAGGUCUGCCAUUCACAAGGGUUUCAGCUGAUGUAACCAUACCUUCAACGCCACUCUGGUAAGGCUGGAUCACACCAAACACGCCAGCUUUUACAUUCGCCUACACACACAUACACACGCACGCAGCCUCAUCAUCGGCACAAUGACAUCACCGGAUGCCCCUGAACACCAACCCGCGGCCAUCAACUACGUCGCAGGCUUCCUCCUCGUUGGGCUCGCGUGGGGCUUUACGACGCCCUUCAUCCGCCGCGCCGCAAAAGAUCACCACCCACCCCCGCACCCGGUCCUCGAGACCGAUGCCGUCAAGCGGAGCUGGUUCCGGAGCCGGGUCUACGGCGCCUUCUUCGGCGUCGUCGACCUGCUCCGUAACCCGCGGUAUGCCGUGCCGCUGCUGAUCAACUUGACCGGGAGCGUGUGGUUUUUCCUGCUCAUUGGGCAGGCCGAGUUGAGUUUGACGGUUCCCAUCGUUAAUACUCUCGCGUUUCUCUUCACCGUCAUUGGAGACUGGUGGGUCGAGAGUAAGGUGAUCAGUCGAGAAACCCUACUUGGUAUGGUGUUAUCUCUUUCCGGGAUAGCGUUGUGUGUGCAUAGCAAGACUAGGUGAUCAUUUGGAGUCUCUUUCGUCAGAGAACGCGGCACGUUUUGGAUGCGUGAGGCUUGGACUACCGCAUGUCUCAUAUAUUGAUGCAGGGCACAUAAGUUGAGAAACGUGGCGUUGGGGGCCGUUUAAAAGAUAUCCGAGAUAUUAAUAUAGACUAUCGAAGCCAACG